AUGGAGAGCAAAAGGCAGUGGGGGAAGGCGCCCCAGGAGGCGAAGGGCGGAGGCGGCGGUCACCAAGUGGAUCUAGAUGAAGAGGAUGACCUGGAGGAGUUCCGGCUGCCCAUGAGCCACCGCCCCACCGAGAACCUCGACACGGAGGGGCUCGAGCAGGCCUCCGUCCACACCCAGCUCACCGCGUCCAACGUCGGCUUCAGGCUGCUGCAGAAGAUGGGUUGGAAGACCGGCAAGGCAAGAACGAGCAAGCUAACUAAAUGCGAUGAUGCUUCUACACCUGUUGAGGAUACCCUUCUUUGUUGUUAUGCAGGUAUACUAGAGCCAAUAAGAGCUGACAUCAGAGAUGCAAAAUUAGGUGUUGGGAAGCAAGAGGAAGAUGACUUCUUCACAUCUGAAGAGAACGUGCAACGAAAGAAAUUGAAUAUUGAACUUGAGGAGACUGAGGAACAUAUAAAGAAACGUGAGGUCAUAGCAGAGCGUGAGCACAAAAUCCGCAGUGAAGUCAAGGAGAUACAGAAGGUGUUCUUUUGCAACCUCUGCAAUAAGCAGUACAAGCUGGCUCAUGAAUUUGAGAGUCACUUGAGCUCAUAUGACCACAAUCAUAGGAAGAGGUUCAAAGAAAUGAGAGAAAUGCAUAGCAGCAGCGGUAGCCGUGAUGAUAGGCAGAAACGUGAACAACAACGAGAAGAGAAGGAGCAGGCAAAAAUUGCUCAACUCAACGCCUAUGCCUAUAUUGUUAAGUUGACCACAUUUUCAUUGCAAGUACAGGUUCUAGUUGGCAGUGCCAGCAAGAAGCCAAAGGUGGCUACAAAAGUUUCUUCGGUCUUCGGUAAUGAGAGUGAUGAGGACUCGUGA